AGUACCAACGUCUGCAUGCUGAUGAGUGAAACUUACAAGUACGUAGGCGGGCUCAUUGUGGUUGAUUUCGCAAUUACAUCCCCAUGUCUCCUGUUCUGCAUUUCACUCUGCAGCAAAACGGACCCGCUUGAAUUUGCCGUCAAGCUGACAGCAAAUGGAACAGAGCACGACAUGACGAACACGGCUUUUGCUCUGAUCUUCGGAUUUGUUAUAGCUUUUGGCCUGCCUCUCAAUGCAGUGGCGCUCUGGAUUCUGCUUCGUCACCACUACCUCAAGUCGCCCAGCGCCGUCUUCAUGGUCAACCUGGUGAUCUCAGACCUGCUGCUCAUCAUCUCCUUGCCCAUGAGAGUCUACUUUUAUGCUACAGACAGCUGGUCCUUUGGCGUGAUGACAUGCAUCUGUGUCACAAUGCUCUUUCGCAACAACAUCCGCUCCAGCUCCGUCUUCAUCACCUUCAUCAGCGUGGACCGGCUGCUGGCUGUGGUUUAUCCUCUGAGGUCACGCCAUCUCCGGAGCCCAUCCAAUGCUGUGAAAGGUGCUGUGUUCGUUUGGAUGAUUGUGGUGCUGGUGAAUAUACCAGAGAGUGUGGAGUUUUCCAGAUACUUGGACCAAACUCAGAACUCCACCUGUUUUGAUUUUGAGACACCGAGGAACGGCUCGAGAGCGUUCGAGCCCGGCUUAGCGAUUGAUUAUUUUCAGCUUGUGCUACUGUUCACCAUGCUGGCAGUUAACAUUGUAUCUACUAUUCUGGUAUCCUGGACACUUCAGAGACACCUGCAUGAGUCUGCAAGGGUCAGCAACAAAGUUAAUGUCAUGCUGAUUUUUGCCAUGAACUUGAUGAUGUUUAUUGUAUUCUUCUUGCCAGUGUCCUUGGUUGUUUUCUUUGAGGACCACAGACCUGUUCUCAGUUGUCUGGCUAGUGUGAACUGCUGUUUGGACCCACUGUUGUAUUACUUUUCUUUUGAUGGUUUCUGGAAGAGAAAAGAAGAUGUCAACAGUAGCUGAACAGGAUUUACAGAGACAUGUGGACUUGCAAAUGAAACCCUGCAACUGUUACUAUGUUCUCACAUGAUGUUAAUAGUGUUGCAUACUGUAAAACUGUGAAGCUUGUUCUGUGUUGAAAUAUAAACUGCCUCAUAAUCUAAGAAGUUAAUGUGGACGCACUCGUCACAGUAUUGUUACUGUGAAAUUAAAAAUGUCUAGUUCUUCUAGUAAGAAACUUGAACUGGCAUGCUUUAAAGUUGGCAGCUCACUUUAGUGAUAGAAAUAUAGAUUUUGCAUUAAUGCGUGUAUGAAUAAAAAACAGGCUGACUGCAUACAGAUGCUGAUACAGAUGCAACUUCUGCAAGCACGUUUUCAGUGGCAGCAAAUUAGAUUUAACAGUUAGGGUAGUGUUUGUCAAAAACUGGGCCUUGUUUAAAGGUCUUGCAUUCAUUUAUUUGUAUUUGUACGUAUAUAUAUAUAUAUAUAUAUAUAUAUAUAUAUAUAUAUAUAUAUAUAUAUAUAUGCAUACUGCAUGAGUAUGCAGUAGAACGUGACUUUGAAAAUGCUUAACUUAUACUUUCAUUGACACAGUGAAAGAUAAUCCUCUGUCUUCUCAGCUCCUGGUACCUGUCUGUACUAAGAAAUCCUGCAACACGGCUGAGGCUGUCGUGUUUUGGGUUUUUUUCUUUUGCUUUGUUUAGCAGUCUGCUACUGGAAGAAACCAAACCAGAGCUUGAACAUAUCAAUCAUACAGUGUUAUUUAUUCUAUCUUUAUGCUCAUGUACUCAUCAGCUCUCUAAUUAAGCUAAGAGUUUUUCAGACUUCUCACACAUGAUCUCUCCUUGCAGAGUGAGUGACACUUCAAGCUGAUAGUUAUUUAUGAAUUUAAAAUGUUAUUCUGCGUAAAUAAAAUCAGGUCAUCUGUUCACAAGGCUGCUGAUGGCCAGAUAUUGCUUUACUGUGAUGCUUCAUAAAUUGGAGCCUCGUGUGGAGGGGUCUUCCUCCCUCUUGGUGCUACAUGUAUGUUUAAUGUGACCUUCGUCUGUGACAUCUACUGCAGCAAGCUGAAUGUUGAAAGAAUCAUUAUAGGAUGGGCACACAUACCUUGUUUGGUAACAUCGUUUGGUGUAUUGUUAUUAAAAUGUCUGACAUGUAUACACAGUAAAUAGCGAAGCUUAAAAUGGAACCGUUUUGCUUUUUCCUGUCACUUCAUGUGUGAAUUUUAUCUUAG